AGUGAUCCUAGAUCUGGUAUUUCCGAAUUUCCGGGAAAAGCUUACGUAAGAAAUAUUGAGAAAAACCAAGAAGAUUAACAUUGGAAUGAAGUGACUAGUAAGCAGAAUUGUCCAGUUAUUCAUGGUUAAUUUCGGUCAAUGGGAAGAGGCUCCCUUAAGGAAAACUCCGAACGAGUUCUGGUAUUUUAGCGGGUUUCUGCGGAAUACUGUGGGUGCCAGGCCAUACUCACGAAGCUGCUGGCACCAAGAGUAUUCUUGGAAUGUCGGUUGGAGAAAAUACAACGUGAGGGGAUUCUGGGCCACUAAAGAUUUUAAACAUCCUUUGCUGGUCAACCAUCCAUCAUCGCAAUUGAUGAUGCGGAACAGCGUGAAUUCUACAAAAACGGAAACCUGUUUGUUCGGGUCUCUCCCCAAGUUUCCGCCGAGCGAAGGAUUCUUUCCCGAGGACAAUUCUCUCCGCCUGACAUUUGUUCAGGUUUUUUUUAAAACUGCGGCGGGCGUAUUCAGGCAGGCUGGCUCAUGGCAACUAGUAAGUGUCGCCGCUUUAACCUUGCCUAAAACUCGAGCUUUUCUUGGAGUACUUCGAACCCCAUUUUGCUUUCAGGUCUAUAACGUAGAAUUGUCCGGGUCAUGGAAAAUGAUCGGUCCGGAGGGCUAUUUGGCCGGAGAUUGUAUCAACAAGUCUCCUGAGGAAAACUGCGCGGAUGCUGGUGCCGAGGAGAGUGAGGAGGACUGGUUCUAA